ACUGUAGAAAUCUGUAUUAAUAAAUGGUUUACAUUUAAGAAGUGUAACAUUGCACAAGCAAUGUCAAGAAUGCCAUGGCAAAUAUGAGACUUGAUAUAUAUGAUGCACAGGGAUACAAACAUAGGUUUUAUAUUAUGGUUAGGUGUACGCUGAAGAAUGAGACUAAACUGAAAAAGCCUCCGAAUGGAGGUUGGGGUUGGGUGGUGGUAUUCGCUUCUUUCUGUGUCGACGCUAUAGCCUUCGCUGUGGGCAAAGGACUUGGCAUGUUUUUCACUGGAAUCAAAGAAGAAUUUAACGCCAGCAACAGUGAAGUGUCAUUGGUAUUGUCUCUCUUCUUUGCCUGUAUGGGCUUUGCAGGUCUCGUCGUUGGAGUUUUAAUUGAGAUUUUGGACGUGCGGAAGAUCCUUCUUUUGUGCGGGGUGGUUUCAUGUGGCGGCCUUACCAUGUGUGCAUUCAGUCCAAGUAUAGGGUUUAUGUACAUCGGCUCAGUGUUAAGUGGUCUUGCUUGCGGCAGUGCAUUUAUUGCCUCGUCUUCCCACACUGUUAUCUACUUCAGUACUUUGAUGCCUUUAGCAAAUGGUAUUGUUCUUACCGGUUCGCCAAUCGGAGCGACUUUCGUUCCUUACUUCAACAAGUUCUUGUUGUCAGAAUACGGGUGGCGUGGGGGGUUGCUUAUUCUUGCUGGCAUAAGUUUGAAUUUUAGCUCGUUCGGUGCUCUAGUGCGCCCCAUAGCGAUUGCAAAAGUAGAGACAGCAGUGAAAGAAGCGCAUGAGCGAGUCUCCAAUGGAAGCAGAGUUUUUGCGGCUUUAAAAAAGUAUUGGUUGGCACUGUUGUUCUUGUUUUUUAACGUUUUGUUCGCACUUGCUGCAUUUGUACCAAACGUCUACAUCGUGCCGUUUGCCGAAUCGAAAAACUAUUCGGAAUCAGACUGCGCGCUCUUUCUGUCGCUGAUUUCGGUCGGAGACAUUUUUUGCCGACCUCUUGCUGGGGCGAUACUUACCAAAAGCGACUUGUGCAAGAAGCACAUUCUAUCUCUUGUAGCAUUUCUAAUGAUUUUAUUUUCGGCGGCUCAGCUUUUAUUGGUCCACUGUUCAAGUUUCUUCUGUUUGGUGCUUUAUACUUCACUGUACGGUUGCUUAUACGGGUCUGCAUGUACUGCCACUAUGAUUGCCAUGCCGCUGCUGGUAGGCAAACAAAACCUGGAGAGAUAUUACGGUGCUUUCUUUACAGUUGGUGGUGUUUCUACUUUGAUCGGCGUUCCAUUUGCUGGUUCUCUGGUGGACGCACACGGACGUUUUGAAGAUGUUUUCUUAUACGCUUUUGUGUGCACUUUCGCUGGUGGCAUUUACGUUCUUAUAUUAAGCUUUUUAAAAUGCUGUAAAUCGGACCAAGAAACUGUAGUUGUUUCAUAGUAACAUCAACGAAUGUUUUUUUUUAUGUCAAAUAUUGCGCACACUUUGGCUGCAGGUAUUUUUGUGAUGUAAUACACAGUGAAGUUCAUGACACAAUUAACGUACUUAGUUAUAAUCGGUAAUUUGUUCAUAUUAAUACAAUUACUUAAGAGUUAA